AACACAAAUAAUUGACAGAAUUAAUAAACAGAUAAUUAAGAAAUUUAAAAUACCAAUUAACAAAGAUAAUUUGUUUAGUGCCCUCAUAAGCGCUCAUACAAAAAAUUCUUUUUAUCUCUUGUAAAAAUGCGAUAAGAUGGGUUUCCAUUUGUUAUCAAAUAUCUUAUCAAAACGUUGAUUCAUACGUUCGUAUCCACAUCCUCAUCUCUGACACGAUUCGAGCGUUAUUCACCUGCUUAUUUCACCUGCAAGUGUUAAUUUUGAUUCUAAUCUACCUAUAACGUGGUUAGUUUUGGUAAAAACAACAAUGUGUUCUAAAAAGUUAUUAUGCUAUGUUGUUAUUGGCCUAUUAAUCAUGGGAAUCUUUAUGGAUGGAGUUGAAGCAAGACGUAAAAUUUUGAAAGGUCGAAAAACAAUUACUAGACGUUAUUACUGGGGAACCGCAAUACCAGCAUGGUCCAUAGUACUUCUAAUAGGAAUUAGCAUACUAUUUGCUGGCGGUGGACUCUAUGUUCUAUUACAAAAAUUCGUGGUUGAUAAUGCUGAUACUGGAGAAAGCCAUGCAUCAUACCAACCUGCAUUGCAAACAGAAACUGCACCUUAGAUAUCAAAUACACAAAAAUUUAAUUAAUGUCCAUCGUCCAUUUACUUUGAUAUGAACGUAAAUCAUAUUAAAAUGUUUUUAUACAAAAAAUUAUAUGCAGUAUGACAAUUUAUUAUUUAUUUUUAUAUAAUUCUGGCAUUUAACAAUGGAUUAUUUCAAUCUCACUACUGAUUAACGUAAAGAAUGGUGUCGCUAUUUGUACAAUGGUAUCCUUUUAUAGCAUCUCUUUUUCUUACUAGCAAUUUCAUAAAUUAUGGUUUAUAUAUGAUUAUGUUAUCGAAAGAUACGUAAAUUACAAUUACCAUUUAAUGCACAGUAUGAUCAAAAAACAAUUACAUUCUGUUUUGUACAUUUCAAUAAAAGAGUUAUUAAUUUUUAGAUUCUUUAGAUUAUUCAUUUAAUACAUAUAUAUAUAAUAUAUAUAUGUUUAUGUAUAUAUAUGUACUUAAUGAAUAUAUGUGUAUAUAUAUAUAUUAUACACUGCAGUCAAUUAUGAAUUGGUAUGAAAGAGAGAUUAAAAUUCUCUGCGGUGAUACUUAUCAGGAUCAAAAUAUGAUGUUACAACAACGCGAUUGUUGAAUUUUCGUCCUGUAAGAGUCUGCUGUGCUUUCUGACAAUCAAUCACACUAUUAAAUUCGACAAAUACCUGCAACAUUAAGAAAUUUAUUAAUAUAUUUUUAUA